AUGACAUCCUCGAGAGAAAUUCUUUGCAAAAUCUCGGAAGUUUCUAAGAAAAGCUCCCAUGAAGGCCGCAACUAUGUAUCAAGUCUUCUCGAUCACUUCAAGCAUAUAGGACCCAAUGGAGAUCAUGUGUGUUUUGUAUUCGACGUACUAGGACACCAUCUGGAUUUUCAGUCCGCCAAAUAUGAAGAUGGAAAACUACCUGUAAAGGCAGUUAAAGUGAUUACACGGCAACUUCUGCUUGGGCUCGACCUUUUCCACAGAGAGUGUGGUAUCAUCCAUACCGAUCUGAAACCAACAAAUAUACUUUUGGAGUUGGAAAAUCCAAACGAUGCUAUUUCCCAGUAUCUGGCGGAAGGAAAUCGUCUGUCAUAUCUGAUCCAAUCCCCAGCUCUGAGGGCACCUGAAGUGACUAUCGGCGCUCCCUGGGAUGUUGCGGUUGAUAUAUGGAGUCUCGGAUGCUUUAAUCAACGGGUAGUGGAGUUUGUUCAAGGGAUAGUCCUUUUCUCCGAUGAAGCAUCAGAAAAUAGGUCUUGGACCGCUGAAGAUGAUCAUCUAGCAAGAAUUUUCGAGGUCCUUGGCCCUUUCCCACCUCAUUUCAUAGAAAAAGGGAACCGUACCGCGCACUUUUUUGACGGAAAAGGAAACCUUCUUCGAAUUCCUAACUUGAAACCAACAAACCUUGAGCACCUGAUAAAUGACACAGCAAAGCCUUUUCUCAAUCCUAGCGAUAUUCCCGAUGCUGAAGUCCCUAUCUUUAUCGAUUUUCUUAAGAGGCAUGCUUGAAAUUGACCCAGGAUCUCGAAAGUCGGCGUCAGAACUGUUGCAACAUGAGUGGAUUAGAAGCUAAGAAAAAUGGCCGAGGCGGCAAUGGUUUUCUCAAUGACAGCAAUCUAGAGGUUUUGGAAUAGCUUAGCCCUAACUCAUGGCAUCCAGUUACCGUGUCGGGAAAUGCCUGCGGAUUGCGGGUUCGAGGGACUUGAUGCCUUAGGCCAGAUAGUGUAUCUAGUCGCGCUUCAAAGGAAUGUUCAUUUUUCUAUCAACAUACUUCAAUGCUUUUAUCAAGUCACCAAUGCCUCCGAGAAAAACCUCUCACAUUGGCUAUUCCAAUAUCCACGAUUGAAUUCCACCAUCCACAAGCCGACAUUUCGUACCCUGCUUAUCACCCGGUAGGUGAAGACUGAGCUGUGUGCCAGGGACGCGGAUACUAUACAGUGUC